UACAUAUAAUUACGUCGUAUUAUUGCAUAAUGGGAGGUAUGUUUAUAAUUAGCAGUGAUAAUUUCUCAUGCAUUUGAUACAGGGUGGAGAUGUCAGAUAGUAGGGACCCUGUGUGGGAGCACGGGGAGAAUAUCCCACCUGGAUGGCGCUGUAAGUAUUGCCAUACAAAGAGGGGCGGUGGUGGGGCAACAAGAUUAAAGCAACACUUGGCUGCAAGAAGGAAGGGGGUUACAUAUUGCAAUUCAGUGCCUCCGGAUGUCCGUGAGUUCUUCUGCCGUGAGUUGGACAGGAUAAAAGAUGCAGGUGACCAGCGUAAGAGUGAUAGCGGAAGAAGGGUUGAAGCAGCAAGGGUCAACUAUUAUGACCUAACAGGUGAUGCCGACGAGGAGGAACAAAUGGAAGCAGCCAUUGUAGCCUCACGACAAGACGAAAACUUUAGGAGGGAUGUUGAGGAGCGUGGUGGCACUUAUGAGCAUGGCGGUGGGAGUGGAUCCGCUCAGCCGGAGGCACGGAAAGGUAGAAGUAACCCAAUUACCAAUAUGCUACGAAGGGCUACGUCUCAUAGGGAGUCACCUGCUGUGAGAGAUUACAACCUAGCAUCUGCCAAGGCCCCUGUGCAGCCACGCAUUGACACAGGAUUCUUCACAAAGAAGGGGAAGCAAGCUAGGCAAGCCAUUGGUGAGUCAUGGGCAAGGUUCUUCUUUACCGCCGGCAUUCCUGGUAGAAACGCCGAUAAUCCAUACUUUGUGAGCGCCGUUCGGGAGACACAAAAGUGGGACUUAUUUCAUACGUCAAUUGUAGGUGAAAGUGUACCUUCUCCAACUGGUAACGAGAUAGAUGGAAAAUAUCUUGAUUCUACAGAGAAGGAUGUGAAGAAGCAAUUUGAUAGGUUCAAGAAGGAUUGGGAUGAGUACGGUGUUACUAUAAUGUGUGAUUCUUGGACAGGUCCGACGAGUAUGUCGGUCAUCAAUUUUCUGAUAUACUGCAAUGGAAUAAUGUUUUUCCACAAGUCCAUUGAUGCGACCGGGGCAAAGCCAGGAUGCUAA